AAUCCAGGAAGUCUGCAGUUUUUUUUAAGCUGGCAAGAUGGCGUUGGGACGGGACGGGAAAGUGAUUUCAUUGCUGGUCUGUGGUAUUCAGAUAGGCAAAAGCAACGUUAUGCCCAGAGCUUUCAGUCUCUUUUUAAUGUUGGUAUGUCUUUCUAUCCGUGGUGUACUAGCUGAUAUUACGGAUGGUAACAGCGAACAUCUGAAACGAGAGCACUCACUUAUAAAACCCUACCAGGGAGUCGGAACAAGUUCAACACCUCUUUGGGAUUUUAGUGGCAACACGCUUCUAACUAGCCAGUAUGUCCGUCUUACGCCAGAUGAGAGGAGUAAACAAGGUUCUAUUUGGAAUAGAGUGCCAUGUUUUCUAAAGGACUGGGAGUUACAUGUUCAAUUUAAAGUUCAUGGAUCAGGAAAAAAGAAUUUGCAUGGAGAUGGCAUUGGUAUUUGGUACACAAAAGAGAGACUACAUCAUGGGUCUGUAUUUGGGAAUCAAGAGCAGUUCAUUGGGCUGGGAGUGUUUGUGGACACCUUCCGCAAUGAUCUUCAAGGAAUGGAUCGUUCUUUCCCAUAUAUUUCUACCAUGGUAAAUAAUGGCUCUUUGAACUAUGAUCAUGGGAAAGAUGGACGUUCAUCUGAGCUUGGAGGAUGUUCUGCUGAGAUCCGUAAUAGAGACCACGACACAUACCUUGCCAUUCGCUACUCCAAAGGAAGACUUACUGUAAUGGUUGAUGUAGAAGAUCGUAAUGAAUGGAAGGAGUGCAUUGAUGUUUCAGGAGUUCGACUUCCUACUGGCUAUUUCUUUGGGGCCUCAGCCGCCACAGGUGAUCUUUCAGACAAUCAUGAUAUUAUCUCAAUGAAGCUUUACCAGCUGAUGGUGGAGCACACUCCUGAAGAGGAAAAUGUAGACUGGACAAAAAUAGAGCCAAGCGUUAGUCUGCUUAAGUCUCCAAAAGAUAAUAUUGACGAUCCCACAGGAAAUUUUCGAAGCGCUCCUUUGACUGGCUGGAAGGUUUUCCUUUUACUUUUAUGCGCUUUGCUGGGAAUUGUAGUGUGUGCUGUUGUAGGUGCUGUUGUCUUCCAAAAGCGCCAAGAAAGAAACAAAAGAUUUUACUAAGAUGAACAGCAUAAAUACACAAAUUCAAUGUGAAUUUUAAAUUGAUUGUAUUAAACUUCAGAUGUUCAUAAUUGAAAUGCUUGGAAGAGUGAAUUGCUAUGUUAGAUAUCCCUAACAAAACUGUCAUCAGCAAAUUGACAUCAGAAGUAGUAGGGAGUGAACUUGUAAGAAGUAGACAAACUGCUUCCUGGGUUUUUUUUUUUUUUUUUUUAAAAACUUUUCCCAUUUUUGUAAAAAAACAAAAGAUUUAUUUUUAAGAAAGAAGUAACAAAAGUUGCCAUUUGUUUCAGGAUUGUUUAUAAGAAUGUUAUUUUUAGGUAACAAACUUUCAGAGUAUUAAAUAACAUCUCCUUGGUGCAGGUGAUCAAAUGUGUAGUUUUGUUAAAUUAAUUCUAUUUAUGUUUUCAUAUCUUUCAUAUUUUAAUUGAUUUUCUUUGUGUUUAAAUUCUAAAUGUCUAUGCACUGUAUUGUCUUUGUUUACAAUUAAUAUUUUUGAGUUGUUUUGCAUUGCUUUAUUUUAUGUAAUGAUUGAAAAUGCCAUAUUCAAACAACCAUAGAUUUUUUAUGCAUCUAAGUGCAAAUUUUGUUUUUAAUACAAAGUCUGUAAACUUCUAGUUGCACAACACAACUAAGAAGACAAUUAAAUAACAAGUAAUAGAAAGGGUUACAGUUUGAAAGCAAAUCUGAAUGCCUUGGAAAUGUUUCAUUUUCAUGUUCAGCCCAUCGAAGCAUGAUUUUUUAUCUGCAUUUUGGCAUUUAACACUUCCCAGGUGAACUUCGGUAAGACAUUUGUAUCAAGAGUCAUAACUCCAUUUUUUAAAUAUAUAUACUGGUAUGAAGUGGAAAAGUCCAAUUAAUUACUUAUUUUUUCCCCUAGGGUCUACAAAAAAAUAGCUUUCUUUUAUGUUACGAAAAUUCAAUUUUUGGUACUUAUUUGUAGUACAUGAAUGCCCAUGACACAGAACCGUAAAAUUAAAA